CACUAACGUAAAACCCCUGCGACUGUCGCACAUUACACAAUGCAUCUACUGUACGAGUUAAACGGCAGGCUGGAUAACGGAUUAUAAGUAUUAUAAUAACAAACUAACGACCAAUAGAUAAAACUCUUACACAGGAGUGUACAAUGUCGUUUUUACAUCUGUAGAAGACAUUAAUGUCAACAGACAGCCGUUGGUCCACUGUCGUGAUGGACUUCAACAGGACUGUUCUGGUGACUGGAGGCUCUGGAUUCAUUGGCUCCCAUCUUGUGUGCUCACUGGUCAACAGACACCCUGACUGGAGAAUUAUCAAUCUGGAUAAUUUGGAUUACUGCUGCAGCCCCAGGAGUCUGGAGAGUGUUGAAGACAGAGCAAACUACACCUUUAUCAGGGGGGAUGUGUGCAACUCUCGGCUGGUAAACCACAUCUUCAACACAGAAAACAUCGAUGUGAUCUUCCACCUGGCAGCCAAAACGCACGUUGAUGCAUCGUUUGAAAAUCCGUCUAGUUUCCAGCGGGUCAACAUUGAUGGAACCAGAGUUUUACUUGGAGCCGCACAUCAGGCCCAAUACCAGCCACAACGCUUCAUCUAUGUCAGCACCGAUGAAGUGUACGGAGCCAGUCUGGACGAGGUGUUUGAUGAGAGCAGCCCAGUGAGGCCAUCCAAUCCGUAUUCUGCCACUAAAGCAGCUGCAGAGUAUCUGGUCAGAUCCUACUGGGACAAAUAUAAGUUUCCCAUCAUCAUUACAAGGAGCAACAACACCUACGGGCCCAGACAGUACACUGAGAAGGUCAUUCCAAGGUUUCUCACCCUCUUGCAAAUGGACAAGAAAUGUACCAUCCAGGGAACCCUCCCUAAAUCCCGCCAUUUCCUGUUUGUCGAUGACGCCGUCAACGCCUUCCUGCUGGUUCUGCAGAAAGGGGUUGUGGGAGAAAUCUACAAUGUGGGGACAAACUGUGAGAUUCCCAUCAUGCAGCUGGCAAGGGAACUUGUUCAGAUGGUCAAGAACGUGCCAGACUCUGAAUUAAAUGAUUGGCUCGAGUUUGUACCUGACAGGCCGCGGGUUGACCUCCGCUACCCCAUCAGAUGUGAGAAGCUGCAGCAGCUGGGCUGGAAAGCUGAGGUGUCCUGGGCUGAAGGCAUCAGACAGACUGUCAAAUGGUACCAAGACAACCCAAACUUCUGGUCAGACGCAACUGAGGACCUAGGACCAAUCGGAAGCAAGCUUGAAAAUGCUACCAGCCAAUGCGUGGCGUCAGCAUAGCCCUGCUGCUUGACUGACAGGAUGGAGAGUUAACUCAAAAGACACCACGCUGUGACCUUUUUUUGCAUGAUGUUUGCGUAGCACAGAGGCUAUUAAUGGCUCAAAUAACAAAUACUGAACAUGUGAGCAAACAUCUGUCUGUCUGCGAUAAAUGUUUAUCGGACCAACAGGCCCUGAAGUGCCAGCCAACAGGAAAGCAGAACCGCACCUUCAACCAAAGCAAUGUGAAGAAAACUAGCAUCACAACUGGAAAUGAACGCACUUUAUCUUGGUGUUAAUUACUGAUUCAGAAGAGAUUACUAACAAGUGUCUUACUUUGCUCAACUUGGGCCUAUUUUACAUUUUUUAUGCAUUUUGUUUAGAUGUUAGUCCAGAUUGAAGCCUGAAACAUUCUCUAUAAGAAUGUAGAAACUUAAACACACACAAUAGAUUAUAGGACAGUAAGGGCUGCAGAGAAUAUGUCUUCCCUCUAAAUUCUGGUGGGAUUUCUCAUCUGCAUUUGGAGCUCUGGCAGCAGCUAGUCUGUCUUCUUACUACUGUUCAGGGCAAUACAGAAGCACAAAUCAAAGACAACCUCUUCCCUCAUUGUCAAACUGCUGCAUUGAGCUUUAAACAUGUAACAUUUUGACCUUGCAGAGCUUCAAAUGUGCACGUUCAUGUACUUCCCACAGAGUUUGUUUCAGGCUUUACGAGAAAAUAGAUUAGUAACUUUAAUUUCCUUCGCUGCUUUUCCUUCAAAGCUCAAAGUCAGCAGGAAGCUUAUAAAUAUUCCAGUGUUACAUAUUUUUUACAACACAAGUAUUUUGAUUAGCUGAAAGGUACCUUGAUAUUGUCUUAGCAGUCUCCUAAUAACAAAUGGAGAAGAAGGGCGUCUCAGUCAGGUUUUUUAUGUUUUCUAGUUUUUCCAGUCAUGCUGUAAAAUGUAUUUAACU